GGGAGUGGAAUUGGACUCCGUCCGCAGCUUCCAAACCCCAGCGUACGGCGCGGCGGCGCCGCCGGCUUGUCUGGCCUCUCUGCUCCCCGCUCCUUCCUGCUUGGGUUUGUCCGGAUCUAGGAGGAGCGGAGGUUGCGCAGCGGCCUAUCUGGGGAGCUCGCUCCGUUGAUUCUUGCCUCGUCAGAUUUUUCAACAUUUAGUCAACAUCAUUACUCAUGCAAUAGCAGUUCCUGGUGAUCAGAUGUGAUAAAUAUGCACACUAAAGGGGCUUCGUCAGAUGUUAUCAGAGUAAGCACAUCUAGUGCCCCUAGUACAUCAAGUCACGGUUCUGCGCAAGAUGACUGUGAUUCUUCAGGCGACGUGUAUGUAUGGGGUGAAGUUAUUUGUGACAACUCUGUACGAACUGGUUCUGAUACAGUAAUUAGGUCAACUGUGAGGACCGAUGUCCUACGACCUAAGCCUUUGGAAUCGAAUUUAGUCCUUGAUGCAUAUCAUGUGGAUUGCGGGGUUAAACAUUCUGCUUUGGUCACAAAAAACGGGGAAGUCUUUACAUGGGGUGAAGAAUCCGGUGGACGCCUUGGCCAUGGGUCACGAGAAGAUUCUAUUCAUCCUCGUCUAGUUGAAUCGUUAGCUGUUUGCAAUGUGGAUAUCGUUGCUUGUGGGGAGUUCCAUACUUGUGCUGUGACAACAGCUGGGGAACUGUACACUUGGGGAGAUGGAACACAUAAUGUUGGACUUCUAGGCCAUGGUACAGAUGUAAGCCACUGGAUUCCUAAAAGAAUUUCAGGAGCACUGGAUGGUCUUCAAGUAUCUUCUAUAUCUUGUGGAACGUGGCAUACAGCUUUGAUUACAACAAUGGGCCAGCUAUUUACCUUUGGUGAUGGCACAUUUGGAGUUUUAGGCCAUGGAGACCGUGAAAGCAUUUCAUGCCCAAGGGAGGUCGAGUCUUUAUCAGGGUUGAAAACAAUUUCUGUUGCAUGUGGUGUAUGGCACACUGCAGCCAUUGUAGAAGUUAUAGUGACUCAGUCAAGUUCAAGUAUAUCUUCGGGAAAGCUCUUCACAUGGGGAGAUGGUGAUAAACAUCGACUUGGUCAUGGUGACAAAGAACCACGACUCAAGCCUACAUGUGUGGCUUCACUUAUUGAUUAUGAUUUUCACAAGGUAGCAUGUGGCCAUAGUUUAACUGUGGGUCUCACAACAUCUGGAAAAGUUUUGAGCAUGGGUAAUACAGUUUAUGGUCAGCUUGGAAAUCCUCGUUCAGAUGGUAAGAUUCCAUGUUUAGUUGAAGAUAUUUUGGGUGAAAACGUUGUCCAAGUUGCCUGUGGUUCCUACCAUGUUGCAGUUUUGACAAUUAAGAGCGAGGUUUUUACAUGGGGAAAAGGAGCCAAUGGAAGACUAGGUCAUGGGGAUAUAGAGGAUAGAAAAAUACCUACACUGGUUGAGGCAUUGAGAGAUAGGUCUGUUAGGCACAUAGCUUGUGGUGCGAAUUUUACUGCUGCUAUAUGCCAGCAUAAGUGGGUCUCUGGCGCUGAGCAGUCGCAGUGUGCUUCAUGUCGACAACCAUUUGGGUUCACCCGAAAGCGGCAUAAUUGCCAUAAUUGUGGACUUGUCCAUUGUAAUGCAUGCACAUCAAGGAAGGCUUUGAGGGCUGCAUUGGCUCCUAAUCCUGCAAAACCUUACCGUGUUUGUGAUUCCUGUUUCUUGAAAUUGAACAAUGCUGUAGACUCUAGUACAAUUAGUAAAAGGAAAGAGAACAUACCUCGCCACUCAGGUGAAAGCAACUCUGAUGCUAGAUUGACAAAAGCAAUCGUACCAAGUAAUUUGGAUAUGAUCAGAAGUUUAGAUAGCAAGGCAGCAAAACAAGGGAAAAAAACAGAUGCACUGGCAUUUCUUCGUACACCUCAAAUGAAUUCGCUUCUUCAGCUUAGAGAUAUUGCUCUGUCUGGUGGGCUUGAUCUGAACAGGCCAGUUCCAAGAGCAGUGCGCACAUCAGCAGUUCGAUCAGUAAACACUUCUAGGGCUGUUUCUCCUUUCUCUCGCAAGCCUAGUCCACCCCGUUCUACCACACCAGUUCCAACAACUCAUGGUCUUUCUAUCGGAAAAGGUGCUGCUGAUAAUCUUGCGAAAACAAAUGAAAUGUUAAAUCAGGAAGUUGAAAGACUCCGUGCACAGGUUGACAAUCUGAGGCACCGAUGUGAGGUUCAAGAACUUGAGUUGCAGAAAUCAGCCAAGAAAGUACAAGAGGCCAUGACGCUAGUUGCAGAAGAAUCUUCAAAGUCCAAAGCUGCAAAGGAAGUCAUAAAAUCGCUAACAGCUCAGCUCAAGGAUAUGGCUGAAAGACUGCCUCCAGAUCAGGGAGCCUAUGAUGGCAAUGAAUCAAAACAAAUACAUUUUCCAAAUGGCACAGACUUGCAUGCUGCUAUUUACUCUAGCACAAAUGGCAUCCACCAGCUACAAAAUGAGUCUAUCAGCACUUUGAACACACCUAGCCUGAACACAGGACGAUCCUUGCAUGCAAAUGGGAUCUCAAGUCAACAUAAAUCACCUGGUAGUAUUAGCGAACAUAGUGAAGUAAGCACUUACAGCCAUCGGGCUUCAAGCCCUAAUGACAGUGAACUUUCAAAUCGAAGGGCACGGAUCAGUAGUGAUGAGUUGUUCAGUGCAAGCAGUAAAGCAGAUGAUAGCAGUAGCAGGGAUGCUAGGUCCCUUCAAAAUGGUGAAGAUGGUUACAAACCGCGAGGGACGAUAUCACUGUCCAGCAACCAAGUUCAGGCUGAAUGGAUUGAACAAUAUGAACCAGGGGUAUACAUUACGCUGACAACACUUCGUGAUGGGACUCGGGAUCUGAAGAGGGUGCGCUUCAGUCGCAGACGGUUCGGGGAGCAUCAAGCAGAGAACUGGUGGAACGAGAACCGGGAGAAGGUAUACGAGAGAUACAACAUCCUCCAGACCGAUGGCUUCUUCGGCCUCUACGCCGGCUACGCCGCCACCCUCCUCCGCAACCUCCCGGCGGGUGUCCUCAGCUACUCCUCCUUCGAGUACCUUAAGGCUUUCACUCUCAAGCAAGGCAACAAGGACAACCUCACGCCGGGGGAGAGCGUGCUGUGCGGCGCUCUCGCGGGGGCGAUAUCAGCGGCGCUCACCACCCCGCUCGACGUCGUCAAGACGCGCCUCAUGACCAGGGUGGGCACCCAGGGGAGCCGCACUGUGGUGGGCACGAUGCAGGAGGUCAUUGCCGAGGAGGGGCUGACGGGCUUGUCCCGGGGGAUUGGUCCGAGGGUGUUGCACAGCGCUUGCUUCGCUGCACUGGGAUACUGUGCCUUUGAGACUGCAAGGCUUGCAAUUCUCAAAUUGUACCUUGAAGACUGCGAGAGGAAGGUGGCGGCGGAGACGAAGGUCGGAGUAGGUGCUUCUUGAGUUGUGAAUUUUACUGUCAGGAAAGGUAGCCGUUGGUUUUGUUCUUAAUGAUGCCAUGAUUAUCUCAGGAGUUUUGCUGUAGCUACCUAGCUGCCAAGCUGCGCUGUGAUGCAGAUAAUGCACCUGUUAAAUUAUUUCAAACUUUAGUGUCCUUGAAAGUUUAUUGUGGAGUUGAAAGUGCAGAAGUAAUAAAACCAGGAAUUCAUCGAUGUAUCAUUAGUUUUGUUCAGUAGCCAGUCAUGUUGGGCAUAAGUUCUAGGCUGGUGUUUUCAAGUAACUUUCCAUACAUCACCACUUCCUAUGUGUAUGUGUGCGUGGUUACCACUGAAACCUGAGAAUUUGAAGGUUUGAUUUUGCAUAAGCAUCAGAAGUAAGUUGAACCUUUACUGAUGUGCAGCAGUGUAAAUCUUCAUUGCUAGUC